AUUUAAAUAUAAUUUAAUAAACUUUUUGUUUAAUUUUAUUUGUAAAUAUAUUUACAUGUUAUGGCACUUAAAUUCAAUGUAGUUGCAAGAGAUGGUCGAGCUCGUCGCGGAGAGUUGAUUCUCCCUCACGGAGUUGUAGAAACUCCAGUUUUCAUGCCAGUGGGAACAAAAGGAGCUAUUAAAGGAGUCUGUUAUGAUGAUCUUGAGUCGCUUGGAUGUGUACUGUCUUUGGGGAACACAUUCCACCUAGCCUUCCAUCCUGGAAGUGAAAUUAUUAGAAAAAGCGGUGGGCUGCACAAAUUCUCAAAUUCACGAUGUAAUUUCCUGACAGAUUCGGGUGGUUUUCAGAUGGUAUCGCUAUUUUCACUUUCUAAGGUCACGGAAGAAGGAGUAGAGUUUAAGUUUCCAUAUGAUCUAGAAAGAGAAAUAUUUUUAACUCCAGAGGAAUCAAUAAAAAUACAGAAUGAUAUUGGAGCUGAUAUUAUAAUGGCACUAGAUGACGUGGUUUCAUCAAUAGUCAGAGAUAAAGAACGGUUGGAAUUAGCUACACAUAGAACUACAAGAUGGCUGGACAGAUGCAUUAAAGCACACUCUAACCCUGAAACACAAGCGUUAUUUGCCAUCGUACAAGGUUCUAUUUACCCAGAUUUGAGAAGAAUCUCCUUAAAUGAACUAAAGAAGAGGGAUCUACCGGGUUACGCAAUUGGAGGUUUAUCUGGAGGAGAGAACAAAACGGAUUUUUGGAGAAUAGUAGAAUUGUGUACUAGAGAAGAAAUUGGUUUACCAUUCAAUAAACCAAGGUAUCUCAUGGGAGUAGGGUACCAAAUAGAUCUAAUAGUUUCAGUCGCGUUGGGCUGCGAUAUGUUCGACUGUGUAUUUCCAACAAGAACAGCUAGAUUUGGCACUGCAUUAAAUGAUUUUGGGAACAUUAGAAUACAACAUGAAAUUUAUCAAUAUGAUUUCAGCCCUAUAGAUCAGGAUUGUGAUUGCGUGUGUUGCAGGAAGUAUUCAAGAGCAUUUCUUCAUUAUGGACUAAAAAAGUCCAUACUUGUUUCGCAUCUGUUGACUCUGCAUAAUAUAAGAUAUAUGGUGAGGCUGUUUGAACAGAUCCGGGAAUCAAUAUCUGAGGGAAAUUUUAAAGGAUUCGUUAGAAGAUUCCUAACAAACAUGUAUAUUAAUAACGGAGAGUUGCCGCCCCUGUGGGUCCGAGAUUCUCUACAUUCAGCUGGAAUAGAUAUUCUAGAUCUAUAUCCUGAUAAUUCCGAUGUGGUUAAACCGUAUUAAUAGAUUUAAAAAUUAAAAAGCUUUAAAAAUGGAAGCUAUCGAACUUCUGUACAUUAAUUCAACCUCAACUAAUUUUAUCCAUAACUUGGAAGAAAUAAAGUUGAACUCUUCCAAUUUUGUUUUAUAGAUAUAUCUAUUAUUUUCCAAAUUAAUGUACCAAAUUGAUUGAAAUGUGUGAAUGAAUAGCUAGCAAAACAACG